GGAAGAGAAAGAUAAUAAGCAGAGAGAAUGGAGGGGUGCCCUAGAAGAGGCUUCAAAAAUCAAUGGUUUCCAUUUGAGGAAUGACACCAAUGGAUUAAACUUGACUAUCCCAGUGAGUACUUGACCACCAUCUCGGGCUACAUUGAAGAAGAUUCCGGACGCACCGCUCUUCGGUCAUUAACAAUCGUUACUAAUGUACGCAGUUAUGGACCAUAUGGAAUGACGGAAGGAAAGGCGUUUUCAUUUCCAUACACCGGUGGCAAAAUCGUCGGGUUUCAUGGGAGUUGCAAGGGCUCUCAUCUUGAGUCUAUUGGAGCUUUUUACAAGCCGAUUCCUCAUACAUAUCCCGUUAAGAUUUUCGGGCCUUUUGGAAGCCAAGAUGAGAAAUCCUUGGGUUUUGGCGACAUAAAGGGGAUUGAUGUUUGCUACUCUGACUUCAUUAAGUCCAUUACUUUUAAAGUUGACGAAGCCACCAGCUCCGACCCCGAAACAAACUAUGGAAAUGGCGGGGAGAAUACUUUCAAGGUGAGAUUGAGAAAUGGAGAGCACGUAACUUCUCUUGCUGGAUAUUUCCAAAAUGCAAAUGACAGGGGCACUCUAAUCAGCUCGCUCACAUUUCAAACCAACGAAAGAAUAUUGGGACCCAUUGGCAGAGAGGAAGGGGCGUCCGAGUACUUUUCCUUGCCAUCAGAAGCUGGGAAAGUUACCAGGUUCUUUGGGAGAAGUGAUGGUUAUCUAAAAUCUAUCGGAGCACAAGUCGAGCCAUACUAUCCCUUCGAGUCUGUGGGGUUAUUCGGGUUGGAAAGCGGGUCAAAGUGGGAUCAUGGCAAUCAGCAUAACAAUGUAAGCAGAAUCAUUGUUCAACUUGAUUCAAGUGGAGAGAGAUUCAUCCGAUCAAUCAAGUUUGAGUAUAUAAACAAAAAUAACAGAUUGCCGCAAGUGAAGACGGAUGGUGUCACUGAUGGAAACGAGUCGCCUGGAGCAAGUCCGCAGGAGAUCAAAUUGGAUCCAGAUGAGUAUCUGACUUCGAUAUCGGGGUACAUGUUGCAAUCACAAACAUGUGGGUUUACAUCUCUCACUUUUCAAACUAACAAAAAGACGCUCAAAACUAUCGGUGUUGAAAAGGGAAAGCACUUCUCAUCUCCCGCAACAGGUGGCAAAAUUGUUGGAUUUUACGGGUGGAGUGGUGAACAUCUCAAUGCAAUUGGAGCUCGUUUUCAACCGAUCUCGCAUCUCUACCCAGUUAAAUCAAUCGGCCCAUUUGGAGGCACAAGUGGAAAUGAUUGGGACGAUGGGAAAUUUGACGGUGUGAAGGAAAUUUGGGUAAUGCACAACCCUGAUAUUCACUAUAUUAAGUUUCUGUACGUCAAAUUUGGUGAAAAAGAUUUGUGGCGUGUGCAUGGUUGCCUCACCAACAGAGCCAUUGCCAAGCUAGAAAAGUUUUCAUUGGAUUAUCCGCGGGAAUACUUGACAUCGAUCUUUGGUUACAAACAAGAGGAUGGUGCUAUCAUCCAGUCGCUCACAUUUUACACUAAUAGAAGAAAACUUGGUCCCUUUGGAGAGGAGGAGGGGAAGUACUUUUGGUAUCCAUCAACCGGAAGCAGAAUCAUCGGCUUUUAUGGAAGAUGUGGCAAAAAGCUCAAUGCCAUAGGAGUGUAUGCCGAGCCUGUACCGCAAUGGUAUCCUUUCGAAACCAUAGGACCCUUUGGAGGCUUUGAUGGGACUCCAUGGGAUGAUGGAGUUCAUACUGAUGUGAUGGGAUUUCGUAUCAGUUUCGACGACACAAUUCACUCCAUCGGGAUUGUGUACGACAACAAUGGUUCCUUUGUUGACCGUUCUACACAUGGCGGAGGAGACGGCCCCCGCUGCAUGGAGCUUUGGCUGGACUAUCCCAAGGAGCGUCUACUCUCAAUAUCGGUUUGGGGGAAAGAAAGCGAAGGCACUUAUCAAAUCCACAACCUGAAAAUAUUUACCACGAAGAACACUCAUGGGCCGUUCAUACCAAGAUCAUGGUCAAAUCAAGAUGACUGGAACAGGCUUACGAAUGUCCUUAGCAAGAUGGAGAAAUUUACUAUCCCGUCGGCAUUGGAUGGCGGCAGGAUCGUUGGCUUUUUCGGAAGGGCGGGACCACAUCUUAUUUCUAUUGGAGCGCGUUUGGAAUCAUAUUAG